AUGGCGGCGGGCCACGUCUUCAUCAAUGGCGUGCCGCUGGCCCGGGCGCGCUUCGACGAGUGGAUGGCCGGCUCGACGAGCCACGACUGCCUGCCGACGCUCGUCGUCGACGUCGCGCGGCCGCUCGAGGCGCCGGCGCCGGGCAGCGGCGCGUCCGCCGGCCGGCGGUCGCCGAAGAAGUCGCGCGGGCGGCCCUACCUGCCGAGCCGGCCCGCGGGCAAGAAGAAGCGGCCGCAGUCCGCGGGCGCCGCGCGCCGCGACGAGCCGCCGCGGUCGAACGGCGCGGCGGCGGCCGCCGCGGCCGCGCCGUCGCCGAAGCGCCGCGGCCGGCGCACGCGGCCGGCGUCGGCGCACGCCGGCUCGAAGGCGUCCCGCCAGCGCCGCGACGCCGCGGCGGCGGCCAUCGACCGGCUGCGGGCGGCGCUCGAGGCCGACGAGCGCGGCGCGGCCGACGAGCGGGACCGGCUCCGGAGCGAGCUCGACCUCGAGCGCCACCGCGCCGCGGAGCUCGCGCGGACCAUGGAGUCGGCGCUCCAGGUCCACGCCUCCGCCGCCGUGCGCGAGGCCGCCAUGUCCCACGCGGCCGCGGCGAUCCUGCGCGCGUCGCCGCAAACCGGCGGCGCCGCCGCGCCGCCGGCGAUCGCCGCCGCGGCGCCGCCGCGCGCGCCCGUCUUCGACGACGACGACGACGACGACCCCUACGCGGGGCUCGGCGACGACUUCGACGACGACCCCUACGGCGACGACUUCCUGAGCCCCGUGGGCGUCGACGCGGCGACGCCGCGCGGCGCGAGGACGCCCGGCGCCGGCGACGACGCGGCGGCGUCGUGGCCCGCGGAGUCGCCCGCGACGCCCAUCCUCUCGACGCCCCGCGCCGCGCGGACGCCGAACCUCGCGAGCGACACCGUCGUCGGCGUCCAGGCCGCGGUCCGGGGCCGCGCGGCGCGCAAGUCCGCGUUGGAGGCGCGCGAGCAAACGGCGUCCGCCGCGCGGCUCCAGGCGAGCUUCCGCGGCGCCGCGGCGCGCCGCGCGAGCGCCCUGCUGCGCGCGCCCGUGCCGGCGCCCCUGGUCGAGCCCGCGGUCGCCGCGCCGGAGGAGCCGUCGCCGACGUACGACGACGACGAAUUCUACGACGAAGAUUUCGAGGCCGACGCGGGCGCCGACGCCGCGGAGCGGGAGGCCGCCCGUCUGGAAGCCGAGAAGGAGGAGGCGGCGCGGGUCGAAGCCGAGGCGGAGGCGGCGCGGGCCGAGGCCGAGGCGGAGGCCGCGCGCUUAGAAGCCGAGGCGGAGGCCGCGCGGGCCGAGGCCGAGGCGGAGGCCGCGCGGGUCGAAGCAGAGGCGGAGGCCACGCGGGUCGAAGCCGAGGCGGAGGCCAUGCGGGUCGAAGCCGAGGCGGAAAUCGCGCGGGCGGAAGCCGAGCUGGCGGAAACGGCGCGCGUCGAGGCGGAGGCGGAGGCCGCGCGGGUCGAAGAGGAGGCGCAGGCCGCGCGCGAAGCGGAGGCCGCGCGUCUCGAGGCCGAGGAGGAGGCGGCGCGUCUCAAGGCCGAGGAGGCGGCCGCGCGUCUCGAGGCCGAGGAGGAGGCCGCGCGUCUCGAGGCCGAGGAGGAGGCGGCGCGUCUCGAGGCCGAGGAGGACGCGGCGCGUCUCGAGGCCGAGAAGGAGGCCGCGCGUCUCGAGGCCGAGGAGGACGCGGCGCGUCUCGAGGCCGAGGCGGCCGCCGCGGCGGAGCCGGAGCCGGAGGCCGACGAGCCCGCGGCGCCGGUCCGCGCGUCGGACCUCUUCCUCGCGCGGAACACGCACAAAUUCAUGAGCACGCGCGAGCCCGCGGAGCUCCGAAAGAGACCCGUCGAGGCCGCGCGCGUGCAGGAGGAGGACGAGGAGUCGUCCGAGGCGGAGGAGCCGGCGGAGCCGCCGGCGCGCCCGGAGCCCGACGCGGGCCCCGAGCCCUCGGCGGCCGUCGCGCCGGAGCCCGACCGCGCGGAGCCGCCCGCGCCGGCGGCCGCGAGGGACGACGACACGGCGUCGACGCCGCCGCCGCCGCACGACGCCGACGACGACCACAAGACGGAGGCCACGGACGUGCUCCACCCGACGAGCACGUCCAGCGAGAGCGGCAAGGCGAGCCACCACAGCGCCUUCUCCGGCCCGGAGCUGCCGUCGGCCGUCGCGAGCGCGCUGCGACACCACCACGCGCCGGAGCCGCAGGCCUACGACGACGACGACUUCGAGGACGACGCGUCCGCGCUCGAGCCGCCGCCGGGGACCGAGCCCGCCGAGCCCGCGCCCGAGCCGGCGGCGCCCGAACCGGAGCCCGAACCGGAGCCGGUGGCGGCGCCCGAACCGGAGCCCGAGCCCGAGCCUGUACCGGCUCCCGAGCCCGAACCGGAACCGGCGCCCGAGCCCGAGCCCGAGGCCGGCGACGGCUACGACGACGACUUCUUCGAGGCCGACGCGCAGUCCGACGCGACGGACGUCGUGCACCCCGCGAGCGCGGAGCCGACGCCCCGCGAGCCCCCGCCGCGCCCCGCGGCCGUGGACCCCAGCCGGGCGACGUUCGACGCGUCGCCGCGCUACGACGACGACGGCUUCGACGAGCCCGUGACGCCGCAGGAGCCCGACGACGCGCGGCCCGCGCCGUCGCCGCGAGCGACCUUCGAGCGGUCGCCGCGGUCCGAGUCGUCGCCGCGCUACGACGAGGAUUCGUGGCACGACGCGUCGCCACGCGCGGCGCCGGCCGACGUCGCGGACGCCGUCGCCGCGGCCGGGAGCGACGCGACGGAGUCGCCGCGCUACGACCUGGACGCCUUCGACGAGACGCCCCUCGAGGAGCACCGAGCGGCGGAGCAGCCGGCGGAGGAGCCCGCGGCGGCGCCCGCGGGCGAGGACGACGAGUUCCUCGACUGCGAGUCGGCGCCCGUCGCGCCCGUCGCCGAGUGCGGCGAGCUCCACGUCGGCGACGUCGUCCAGGCGCCCGUGGACGGCCUGCGCUUCGAAGGCGUCGUCGACGCCAUCGAGGGCGGCACCGUCCACGUCGACUUUGGCGACGAGGACGUCGCCGUCGUCGCGCGCGGCGACGUCGCGCGCGUCCGGUCGUGGGCCGUCUGCGAGCCCGGCGACGCGGCGCUCGUCACGGAGGCCGGCGGCGUGCUGCGCUUCCGCGCCAAGGUCGAGGCCGUGGAGGUGGACCUCGCGAACCAGCAGCACACGUACACGGUGGUCUACGGCGAGGGCGACGGCGAGGCGGGCGUGUCCGAGGACCGCAUCACCAAGAUCGAGUCCGCGCGCGCGUCGCACGGCCACUGGAAGAAGGCCCUCCACGCCGUCCUCGCCGCGAACCGCUUCCAGGGGGCGAUGCCCAAGGGCGACGCGGCGGCGGCGCCGGCGCCGGAGCCCGCGGCCGCGCCCGAGCCCGCGCCGGCAGAGCCGGCGCCGGAGACAGCGGCCGCUCCCGAGCCGCAGCUGACGGCUCGGGAGCCGGAAGUCGCGGCCGCCCCCGAGUGCACGUCCAAGACGGGGCCUCCUCCGGAGCCGGAAGACGCGGCCGCUUCCCAUCCCGAGCCCGCGACCGCCCCGGAGCCGGAGAUCGCGGCCGCUCCCGAGCCCGCGCCGGAGGAGCCCGCGCCCGCGCCCGCGCCGGCGGCGCCGGAGCCCGCGCCGGCGGCGCCGGAGCCCGCGCCCGCCCCCGAGGAGCCCGCGGCGCCGGAACCUGAGGAGCCGCCGGCGCCCGAGCCGGCGGCGCCAGAGCCCGCGCCCGAGGCGCCCGAGGAGUCCGACGACGACGGCUACGACGACGACUUCUUCGAGCCCGAGGCGCCGGCCGCCGCGGACGACGCGCCGUCGGCGGCGCGGCGCAUGUCGCUGAACGCGGCCGCGGCCGCGCGGCUGUCGCUGUCGCUGUCGUCCGGCGCCGCGGCGCCGCCCGGGCCCGGGGACGCCGCGGCGCUCGCGGACACGCUCGCGGCGAGUGAGAUGGCGCGCUUCAAAGCCUCGGGCAGGGCCGCGGCGCAGCGGCGCGUGUCCGCGGCGUCCGCGGAGGCCGCUCGCGUCGCCGAGCUGCUGGCGUCGCGCGCGCCCGCGUCGGCCGCGGCCGCGGCGCGCGAGGCCGAGGAGCGAAGUCUCGCGGCGGCGUCCGCCGAGGCGGAGCGGAAGCGGCUCCGGGGCGAGGACGACGUCCUCGAGCCCCUGCCGCGGGGCCUGGACCGGCGGCGCCCGAGCGCGGGGUCCGCGCUCGCCGUCGCUUCGUUGGAGAAGGUCCGCGCGUCCCUGGCCGACCCCGACGCCGUGACGCCGCGGGGCUCCCGCGACCUCGCGACGCCGCGGGGCUCGCGCGACUUCGCGCGCCCGGCGCCGGCGCCCGCGGAGGACGCCGUCGGCGCGCUGCCGGGGAGCCGGCCGCCGCUGCGACGGAACGUGUCGAGUUCGGCCAUCGAUGCCGCGGCGUCCAAGCAGCGCCAGGAGGGCCUGCUGCGCGACCCGGCGCCCAUCCCGUCGCCGCGCGCGGCCGCGCCCGCGCCCGCGGACGAGCCCGCCGCGGACGAGCCCGCCGCGGUCGAGCCCGCGCCGGUCGCGCUCGCGCGCGCCGCGUCGGAGGAGGAGAUUCGCGCCGUCGCCGCGGGCGCCGCGGCGACCGCCGAGUCCGCGGCCCUCGACCGGGUCUUCCGGGCGUCGCGCGACGCCGCGCCCGAGCCCGCGGCCGCGGCCGCGGCCGCGUCGCCGCGGUCCGAGGAGGAGCCGCCGUCGUACCGCGGGUCGCCGCGGUCCGCCGACGGGGCAGCCGCCGCGCCGGAGGCCGACGCGCCGGCGACGAGGUCCCCGCGCCACCUCGCGCCCGCGCCCGCGCCGGAGCCCGAACCGGAGCCGACCUACGACGACGACUUCGCGGACUCGCCGCGGGAGCCGGACUACGGCGACGACUUUGGCGACGCGGCGGGUCGCGACGCGGCGCCCGCGACCGAGUCCCCGCGGGAGCCGGACUACGGCGACGACUGGGCGGACGAGGAGCCCCCGCGAGCCUCCGAGGCCGCGAAGCCCGCGGUCGUCGACCCCGAGCCGGAACCCGAGCCGAGGGCCGUCGAGCCGGAGCCCGUCGGCGAGCCGGAGGCCGUCGAGCCGGAGCCCGUCGAGCCCGAGCGGGAGUCGCCGCGAGACGUCGAAGAGGAGCCGAGCUACGAGGACGACUUCCAGGACGACUUCCCGGCCGCCGCGCCCGAGGACGCGCCGGUCGAGGAGAGCGACGACGUCCGGUGCACGGUGAUCCACGCCUUCGAGGCCGACGGCGAGGGCGAGAUGAGCAUCGCGCUCGGCGAGAAGAUCCUCGUGACGCGGUCGGACCUCGAGGAAGACGACGGCUGGUGCUACGCGACGAAGGUCGGCGCCCCGCCCGAGAGCGGCGGCUUCGUCCCGUCGGCAAGCCGCUCCGCCAUGCGCCUCUGGGCCUGCCUGGUCACCUGCACAGGCGCGCAGACGCUGGCGCCCACGACGCCGGAGACGACGGACCUCGAGCUCUGGCUGAGCGCGCAGGACCUGCAGCCCGGUCCCGUCGCCUCCUGGCCCGACCGGAGCAGCCACGGCCGCCUCCUCGAGCAGGACGACGCGGCGGCGCAGCCGGUGGCCCUGAUCGACGGCAGCGGCCGCGCGCGCGUGGCCUUCGACGAGGCGUGGCUGUCGUUGGGGUGCGACUACAUCCACGCGGAAGGAGACGGACUCACCAUCUUGGCCGCCGUCCGCGACGUCGUCGACGGCUCGGACUUCGGCCCGGGCGGCGGCGGCGCGGUCACCGCGUCCGGCGACCUGAUCGACUUCGGCGCGACCAACGACGGCUACGGUUUGGUCGUCGAAACCGACAGCGUCACGGGCCACGUCGAGGCCACGGAGGCCAUCGCCGGCGGCCUGUCCCUGGACGGUUCGACGACCGUCGUCACGGUGGAGAUCAACUUCGCCGACGAGACGCUGCGCGUCUUCUUGAAUCACACGCUCGCGGACACGGAGGACUCGGGCGUGUCGUCGCUCGCAGUCCUCGUCGCGAUGAACGUCGGCAUGCUCCUCGCCUGCGGCGUCUACGUCUUCUUCGACGGCCUCGGGCUCCGCGACGAGGACAGCCCCGUCGGCAUCGUCGUCGCGCGCGCGCGGAGCCGGCUCCGGACGCUGAGCUCCCCGCGCAAGCUCAAGGACGCGCCGCCGCCCGAGGCCGCCAGAGCCGCCACGGAGCUCACGACGAACCCCAUGGCAUCGGCGCGGGCCCUCAAGGUCGCCGACGCCAGCGAGGUCCUCGCCCGGACGCCCCCGGAUCCGGACGCGCCGGACCGGACCGGCGCCGUGUAA